AUAACGCAUGAGCGCAAGUUUUCAUGCGCAGUGAACUCUUCAGUUUCCUGGUCGAUUCUGGUUUUGCAUUUAGUUUUUCAGCUGAUCACGCUUUCCGUAGCCGCAUCGCAGACUGUCCGCGUCGUGUGUCAUGUGCGAAACUGUCGCAGCGUUGUGAAAUCGCUGAGUGAUUGUGCUGUGUGUUGAUUUAGCUAGUGUCAGUGAUAAUGUUUUCAGGGCUUACGAAUCAGGUCAGCUCGUGGAUGGGGGCCGCGAAGGGCGAGCCUCAGGAUGAGGAGGUCCCCACCCCAACCAAAGACGCGACCGGAGAAGCCUCGGCGGAAGGUGAAAGACAAAGUCCAACGAAAGGCGCCAGUAAACUGGACCUCAUCACCAACGUCAAAUCACAAAUGACGGGAUGGUUGGGUUCCGGGAUCCCCAUUCCUGGGCUGAGGAAAAACGAGGCGCCACCACCAGAACCUGAGCCGGUGCCAGUUGAACCCGUUGAGGAACCGAAGCCAGAAGGGAAGGACGAUGACGAUAACUCUAGGUAUAAUAGUGCAACUGGUGGGGCCGAUAGCAGACCAGCGUCCACCGGAGGCACGCCUACUGAGGAGCCGCCAGCGGGCGUUGGCAAUGGUCAUCAAAGUAGACUAUUCACAGAUGCUAUUGAGGUACCGGACAUGCAGGAAUUGACCACGAAGGCUGUAGCUGGUGCCAAGUCCCUGGGCAACUUCCUGUACUCGGCCGUGAACAAGGCAGGUGCGAAGGUGAGCGAGGCCAGCGCCAAGAUCAAGAAGACCGUCGAAGAGAACAGCAUCCUGGGAGAUUUCAACCGUGAGCAGGACGCCUUUAUCAAGGGCCAGGAGGGGCGCGGAGGGUCGGCCGCCGUGGCGCCCUGGAUCGGGGCUCCCAAUGAGGCGGCCCUCAAAGACGAGUGCCUGUCACUUUCCACUGAUCGACGGAACUUCGUGCGCGCUCCACCCGCAGGUGUGGAGUUCGAUUUCGACUACGACAAGAUGUAUCCGGUAGCAGUCGCGAUCAUGGCAGAGGACCCCAAUCUUGAGAAGAUGCGCUUCGAUCUUGUGCCAAAAGUCAUCACAGAGGAGAACUUCUGGCGGAACUACUUCUACCGCCUGUCGCUGAUCUGCCAGGCCAACGAGGCUGACGCGGCGGCCGGCCGUCAGCAGAGCACUGAUGACUCCCAGGAUGACGAUAAAUCGGGAAACGAGGAUCUCGUACCCAAAGGGGAACAGUCCCAGGAAACCAUUGAUGACGUGAAGAAGCGAAUAAAGUCAUUAAAAGUGGAUAGAGAAAAUGACGACGCUUAAGCAAGACGCACGGACUACCGAGGGCUACUACUCACCCUAUGAUAACACCAUGGUUUACACACCUAUAGACCAUCCACAUUUUGUAAUCUUAAAACAAUUCUAGUGAUACAUGAAGAAAACGUACACCGUUUAGCGGUUUCAUCUCGAUAGCACACUUGUAGCAAUAGAAACAAUUGUUCAAGAUUAUAAAAUACGAUAUUGCGAAACGUGGAUAGUAUAUAGCAUUAUGAUAUUAUAUUUAUUCGAUACAAAGCUUGCGUUGGGCAAUGUAUUACGCUAUUUAAGGGCUCUUAAGCGAUAUAUUUGGUUGAUGGGAUAAUGUCGUCAAUGUUCGAUAUGAGUAAA